AUGAGGCCCAAGCAAAUGCGAUCCUCGGCGCCAAGCCUUACGGAUCGGAAGAAAUCGAUAUCUGCAGGCAGUCAGCCAGGCACAAGGCUGUGCCCGUCCUACUGUGUAUGGUACUUUGUCAGUAUGUUUGCCUGGAAAGGGAGACGGACAAAUGUUCCUUUGUCCCGACAGCAUUUCCGAGGAGAUGACACCCACCCCACGAAGAUCAAUAUGGGUGGUUGGUGGUUGGGCAGACACACAAAAGUCCGACCACCCCCAUCUCACACAAUAAUAAUGAUGCUAAUCGGUGAUGGUAAUUGCAAACCACCAAAGUUACGUGGGGAGGGAGACAUUCUGCCGCUGCCUCUUUGGGACACUGGCGGUUCCAGAAGUUACCUUAUUCCCUUUGCCGCUGACUGUCCUGGCUUGGCUUGGCUCUUCCUUAUCCUCUCCCUCUCUCUCUCUCUCCCUGCUUCUUUGGUUCCUUUGAAUCUUCUCCCUUGUCUACUUUCUCCCUUGUCUGCUCUCUUUUCAAACCUCCUCGUCUUCGUCGUCUCCCUAUUCUUCUCUCUGGACUCGUUCCGUGCCAACACAGCAAGUGUGUUGUUGCUAAUAGCCGAUCUGCUCAAACUACUAGUACUAGCCUAUAUCUAUCAGAUAUACUCCCACUGGGGAACCGCCCACUGGACGUUCCCCUCCCUCCUCUUCUGCUCUCGUGCUCUCUUCCCAUCCAUGUAUCUCGUUCAGACUCUCGACCAGAGCGCCUCGACGGGCCUAGGACGCCUUUUUAAGCAGUUUUCCUCUGGAUCUAAAUUGUGA